AAAAUAAAACGCAUCUUUGUUUGGUGUUCUCUUCGGGGGGGACUCUCUGUUGGCAUCGCAGAGCGGCCUACCUCUUCCUCCUCCUCCUCCUCUACGACAAUUUAAACAAGAAAUUCAAACCUCUCAAUUUUUUUUCUUCACAUCCAUAUUCAUUAAAAUCUUCGAUUAGAUUAUUACCACUUUGUGUUUUUCUAAUUGCGUUGAAUAUGGAUUGUGAAUUAAAGAAAGAUUGUCACGAUGGAAUUGUCGUUAAUGGCGGAAGCGAUGGCCUUUUACUCUCACAUGCCAACAGCAACAAGCUCAUUAUCGAUACCGAUCCCGGGAUUGAUGAUAGCAUGGCGAUCUUUAUGGCAUUUCAAAAUCCAGAAUAUGAGAUCUUAGGUUUGACCACCAUAUUUGGCAAUGUCCAAACCGAAGAUGCCACUCGUAAUGCCUUACUUCUGUGUGAAAUCGCAGGGCGUCCUGAUGUUCCUGUAGCACAAGGCAGCCCCGAGCCGCUUACGGGUGGGAGGCCGAUUGUUGCCGACUUUGUUCAUGGCUCUGAUGGACUGGGGAAUAUACUCCUAUCUCCUCCAAAAACUAGCAAAUCUGAUAAGGCUGCCUCUGAAUUUUUAGUUGAGAAGGUUUCUGAAUAUCCUGGUGAAGUAUCUAUACUAGCACUUGGACCACUCACAAACUUGGCACUGGCAAUCAAAAGGGACUCUUCCUUUGCCAGCAAGGUGAAGAAUAUAGUUGUACUUGGUGGCUCAUUCUUUGCAUUAGGAAAUGUAAAUCCUGCUGCUGAAGCAAAUAUAUAUGGGGACCCUGAAGCAGCUGAUGUUGUGUUUACGUCGGGAGCAAAUAUCGUUAUAGUUGGACUAAACAUUACUACCCAAGUCCUAAUGACAGACGUUGACCUCCUCGAAUUGAAGCAAUCAGAGGGGAAAUAUGCUCAGGUUCUAUGUGACAUGUGCAAAUUCUACAGAGAUUGGCAUGUGAAGUCCGACGGUAUACAUGGGAUAUUCCUCCAUGAUCCUGUUAGUUUCAUGGCUCUAGCUCGGCCCGAUCUCUUCACAUACAAGAAGGGAGUGGUGAGGGUCGAAACGCAGGGCAUAUACAAGGGGCAUACCUUGUUGGACCAAGGAUUAAAAAGAUGGAAUGGAAGCAAUCCAUGGACAGGCUAUUCCCCAGUAUCCGUUGCAGGGGCAGUCAAUGUGGAUGAAGUCCUUAAUUAUAUUAAACAACAGUUGAUGAAACCAUGAAACAAAAAGCUGGAAAUACUCACUUGACAAUUAAAAAGAUGUCCUCAAGAUUAGAUCACCUUUGAAAUUGAUUUCUGCUUAAAGGUCCCUUUGUAGUUUAUUCCCUUCGUGCUUUACCCAUUUCUGGGGUUAAAAAGCUAAUAAUUGUUCUCGUAUCUGUUCUUUAAUGGAAACAUAAAAAGGGAACAUUCGGUUCGAUCCUCAACCAAUCAGAAACACUGUAACUGAUAAGCUUCAUUAUAGAUAUUCAAUGUUAAGGUCGGGAUCUUUACUCCAA